GUGUGGCGUAAUGUCCGACGUCAUAUACACGCGCCAUCAGCGGGACUCAAACGUGCAGUAGAAGGAUCGAAUCAGCGGUCUGUUUUGAUCGUAAUAUUUUUGUAUUAAUCAUCUUUUUAGCGCGAUAUGGAUGAUGAGGAAGAGACUUACAGACUAUGGAAAAUUAGGAAAACUAUAAUGCAGCUUUGCCACGACCGUGGUUAUUUGGUGACGCAAGAUGAGCUGGAUCAGACUCUUGAUGAAUUCAGAAGCCAGUUUGGAGACAAACCCAGCGAGGGUCGACCACGACGAACCGACCUCACCGUCCUGGUCGCCCACAACGACGAUCCAACCGACCAGAUGUUUGUGUUCUUCCCUGAGGAACCAAAGGUUGGUAUCAAAACCAUAAAGAUGUAUUGCCAGCGUAUGCAGGAAGAAAACAUCACUCGGGCCAUUAUUGUAGUCCAGAUGGGCAUGACGCCCUCCGCCAAACAGUCUCUGGUAGACAUGGCACCAAAGUACAUACUUGAGCAGUUUCUUCAGCAGGAGCUUCUAAUCAACAUUACUGAACACGAGCUUGUUCCAGAGCACAUAGUGAUGACUAAAGAGGAAGUAACUGAGUUGCUGGCGCGGUAUAAACUAAAGGAAAGCCAGCUUCCCAGAAUUCAAGCUGGGGAUCCUGUUGCCCGUUACUUUGGCUUGAAAAGAGGCCAGGUUGUUAAGAUCAUCAGACCGAGUGAAACUGCUGGACGGUACAUCACAUACAGAUUGGUCCAGUAAUGCUCGAAGUUCAAAAUCUUCUCCAACUGCUGAAAGUGAACAUGGUCUGAAUUGUCUUUAAUAUUUUUUUUUUUAACUAAUAAAUAUGGUUCUGUUAGCCAG